CCAGUCUUUACGAAAUUUGGACUUAAGAGCUGGCGCUGAGUCUUUAACAAUAUACCUCUGCCGCUCUACUCCAAUUCUGAAGUCGCUGUUUCGUUUGGAAAAGACCACCUCGGUGAUUUGGGGUCGACAUCGAAGCUACUAUGCCAGCUUGGGGUAUCAUAGAGUUACCGGAGCGGAAAGACACCAAUGACGACAACUCGUCCAGACCGGCAACCAAAGCUACCCUAUCAAGGUCUCUGACUCCAACCUCGACCCUUCCUGCCACUUUCGACAUUGAACAUGCUCCUGUCGAGAAUGAUCCUCGACAAUGGUCGCGAGUGCGAAAGAAUUUAAGUUUACUGCUGAUAGCUUCUGCUUCCAUGAUCGCUGGUCUGGCGGCUAGCAUCCAGAAUCCGGCGAUACGAGAAAUGGAGACGGAGCUGCCGGCCACCAGCGGUCAGUUCAGCCUGAGCAUUGCCUUGUUCAUUCUGCUCCAAGGAGGCAUGCCGCUUUUUUGGUCGGCCAUAAGUGAAGUCGAAGGGCGAAAGCUUGUCUAUAUAGCCUCUCUCUUCAUAUUCAUGGUCGGAUCCAUCAUAGUUGCAAUCAGCAGCAGUAUCGGCCUGGUUAUAGGGUUUCGAUGCGUUCAGGCUAUCGGGUCGAGCGCUGUAAUCGCCAUCGGAGCUGCUACCCUCGCUGACAUCUUCGAACCAGCAGAAAGAGGAACAAAGAUGGGAAUGUACUAUAUGGCCCCUCUUCUGGGACCAGCACUCGGCCCUAUCUUUGGGGGAGUGCUUACGAGCGGCUUCAAUUGGAGGGCCAUCUUUUGGUUCUUGACCAUCGUGUCAGGUACUAGCACGGUCUCGUUUGUCUUGUUCUUCAAAGAUACUUUCCGGAGAGAACGAAGUCUUGUUUAUCAAAACGCUCUCAAGAAGAACGCUUCGCAGACUGAAAAGUCUGCUCGUCAGGACUCCGAUCCCGGGAAGGAUGCAGAGAAAGCGGUCCCAGCAGUGACAUCCGCACAGGAAAUCAGACCAUCGAUCACAGACGUCAACCCCAUUCAGCCUAUCUGCAUGGUCUUGCGGCGAAAGAACAAUCUGGUAGUUCUGGUUGCGUCGGGACUCCAAUUUGCAUUCGCAUUUUUCAUUCCCUACACCUCUGCUAGAACGCUAAGCGCCAGGUACGACUAUGAAGCAUUGCAUAUCGGUUUGGUGACACUCUGCUACGGCGCUGGCUCAAUAGUUGGAAGCCUUCUUGGAGGAAGGUGGUCCGACUACCAACUCGCUCGGCUGAAAGUUUUGAAUCAGGGUGUUUCUCAACCAGAGAUGAGAUUAUACAGUACGGUUCCGGGUCUCAUUUUACUUCCUCCUUUCACCGUCGGUUUCGGAUGGCUAUGCGAGAAGCACGCUCAUGUAUCCGCUCUGUGCGUGUUCUUAUUCAUGUGUGGUUUCAUGGCAGUAUGGGUCUAUUCGAGCACCUUGGCCUACGUCGUUGAUGCUAAUACUGGCCGAUCCUCAACGGCAACAGCGACGAAUAGUGCAUUCCGGGGAUUGUUUGCUUUCAUCGCGACAGAGGUCGCUGUCCCAAUUCAAGAUAACUUGGGUGAUGGGUGGACGUACACGAUAUGGGGUGGACUUCUUGUGCUCGUUGGUGUACUGCUCGUUCUUGUCCUGAAGAAAGGAAGGAAUUGGAGGGAGACAGGAGAGGCUUCUGAACGGACGUAAAUCGUUCCGAUGUGUUCUUAGAACUGCGGAGUAGGACUGGUUGCUAUUAUAUCCUCUCAACUGCAUGGAAUAGAGU